GGCUACAUAAAUAGUAGGAUCUUUUAAAUGACCCAAAGUUGGCAUCCAUGCACGAGGUCUUUGCCGCUAAGAAAAAACAAAAUUUGGAAUGAAUGUGACAGUUUUAUUGUAGUUUGUUUUGUGAUGUGUGUAAAGACAAGAGUAAUGUCGAAAAUUUAAUCUUUUAUUUUUCAAUGAAUGUUCUAUUUGUAAAAUAAUGCGGUUAAAUAUUUUUUAAUGUCUUUUGGUGUAGUUUUUGAAUAUGGAUUUUUACCAUAUUUGUUUCUUUUUAUUUUAUUUUUUUGUGAAGCCAACAAGUCCCCAACUUUUGAUCAACGUUAAGAACCAGGGAGGCGACGUUAUGCAGGAGAACAUAACAGCGAACGUGUCGGAGGAUACAGUCACCCUGGAGUUCUUGAGACUCGAUGGAGUUUAUGUAUCUCAGCUUGUAGACUUUACCAAUGAAGUAGAAGCAAUGAAAGUGGUAAUACCUGGUGAAGAGGAGUUAGGUCAGUUUGGUUACCAGACCCUAUGUUUCCUCUCCCACGCCGCACAGGCUGACUUCAUUGCUCCAGAUGCUAUGGCCAAGUUGAGACAGAAAAACCCAGGGACGGUGCGCGUGGCGGAGGAGGACAAGGGCUGGCGCCAGAGCACGGCCACGGCGUGGGGCGGGCGCGCCGUGCGGCUGCUGUCGGCGGCGGCGGCGCGCCACUGCGCGGCCGCGCGCGACCGCGUCUAUCUGCGCGCCGCCGACCUCGCGCGCUGGCCGCCACGCCCCGGUUUGGACCCGUCGUCCCCGGGUUCAGCAGUGACGCCGUUCCCCGAGCACGCGCUGACGAGCGACUCCUCCGACGGCAAGCCGGCCGUCCCGCCGUGUCUCACUGAGACUGAUAGCUCCAAGGAGUGCAUUUGUCACUUGGAGCUAUGCGUGAACUGGUACCCGUGUGGGCUGAAGUACUGCAAGGGCAAGCCUCAAGGCGGGCUGAGCUACCGCUGCGGCAUCAAGACGUGCCGGCGCUGCCACCGACAGCAGUACUACGUGCGGCGCCGCGACGUCUGCUACAGCCACACGUGACGCCGCCGUCGCGGGACCGCACCCCGCUCGAUGCCACUCUCUACAACUCUUGGUCUACAAAUUAUUAUAACAAACGUAUAUGUGUUUACAAUCAGUAUUUUACCAGUUUAUUCCCAAAAAGUUCGGCGGAAACACAACCCAAUAUAACGUAUAACGGCUUUAUCUCUUACGGGGUAGACAGAGCCAAGAGUUGUGAAACUAGAAGGCCACUUUUAGCUGCAGUAAAUGCUAGCAAAGUAAUUACCAAUCUUUUUUAUCAAAGUAUAUUUUCUAUUGCAAUGAUCAUGCCAAAAUUAUUUCUAGUCUGCUUGUUAUAAGAUUAUAGUAAAACUUUCUACUACUGAUUUAUAACACACCUUAUUUUGUAAGCUAAGACAAUACUAUCUAUUCAUGUAAAUAUUUACAAAAUAUACUUUUUUGUAAUAAAUCUUAUUAAAAUGAUUAUUUUAACAAGCCUUUAUU